AUGGCCGACAAGUAUGGACCAAUCUUUACUGUCAGGCUCGGGUUAUUCCCAGCUGUAGUGGUUAGCAGUUCCGAGAUAGCCAAAGAAUGUUGCACCAAGCACGACCAUGCCCUCGCGUCUCGGCCACAGCUAAUAGCCAGUGAGGUCAUGGGCUACAACUCUGCCUCUUUUGGGUUGGCUCCUCAUGGUCCGUAUUGGCGCGACAUGAGGAAAAUCGUUACCUUGGAGAUGCUCUCUGCCCGAAGGAUCGAGUCGUUGCUCAACCCUAUAGUGGCCUCGGCCACAGAUAUUGCCAUUAGAGAGUUGCACAAAAUUUGGACAGAGAAGAAGAAGGAUUCAGGCCAUAUCCUAGUUGACUUGAACCAGUGGUUCGGAAGGUUGUCUAUCAGCAUUGUCCUCAAAGUUGUAGCCGGUAAGGGCUCCUACAGCGGCAAUGCCAUGGUGGAUGAGGAAGAGAAGCAGCGAUGCCAGCAUGCCUCUAGGGAAUUCCUGAAAUUUAUUGGGAUGUUUACGGUGGCGGAUGCUCUUCCUUUCUUGAGAUGGUUGGACUUAGGUGGCCAUGAGAAGUCCAUGAAGAAGAUCGCCAAAGAAUUUGACACGAUCCUAAGUGGUUGGUUAGAGGAGCACAAAAAGAACAGCAAAAGUUCGAGUGAGAAUAGGGGCGAUCAAGAUUUCAUAGAUAUCAUGCUUUCGACCCUUAAGGGCAUGGAAGUCGGAGGUUUCGAUGCUGAUACAGUUAUCAAAGGGACACUCACGUCAAUUAUAGCGGGUGGUACUGAUAAUACAACUGCCACCCUCACCUGGGCGGUUUCCUCGUUGCUAAACAACUUUCACGCUCUAAAGAAGGCUCAAGAAGAACUUGAUGCUCAAAUUGGCAAACGACGACAUGUGAAAGAAUCAGACUUUGCCAACCUAACUUAUCUACAUGCCAUAGUGAAGGAGACCCUUCGAUUAUACCCAGCAGGCCCGCUUGCCGCACCACGCGUAUCAAUAGAAGAUUGCGUUAUCAAAGGGUACUUGGUUCCGAAAGGCACGAGGUUGAUCUUGAAUGUUUGGAAAAUUCAAACCGAUCCAAAAGUAUGGCUUGAACCAAUGAAGUUUCGGCCUGAGAGGUUCUUGAGUAGCCAUAAAAAAAAUGAUGCGAUGGGCCGUAAUUUUGACUUCAUGCCCUUUGGAGGUGGUAGGAGAAUUUGUCCCGGAAUUUCCUUUGGCCUUCAAGUGGUGCAUUAUGUGCUUGCUAGACUCCUUCAUGCAUUCGAUGUAUCAACUCCCGACAAUUCGCCGGUGGAUAUACCAGAGAUCAACGGACUAAUGGUUUGCAAAGCAAUGCCGCUCGAAGUAAUGCUCACACCAAGAUUGCCUAAUGAGUUCUAUGAAUUGCCAUGA